AUGCAGAUGUAUGGCAUGUCAGGCGAGAGCCUUGGUGUGAUAGGCAAGGAGUCUGGUGAUUCGUCUUCAAAGCUUCCAGCUUGGAAACAGGAUUUUCUGUCAAAACCCUCCGCUUCCGUGCGACGUGGUAUCGCUUGGGUGAGUCGCUAUUACACCUUGAGCAUCACGAGUUACUGGCGCCUCGAUACUUUGACAGACAUAUCUGAGAAGGGAUUUAAACCGCCCUACGAAGACACAGAUACUUUGGUUUUGACAGCACCAUCUGGCGAGUUUGUUGAUAUUCGCUUUCCGAAAGAUACACGUUCGAUUGCAGAUACAUCGAAGCACCCAAGUUUCUGGGCUUUCUCUGGUCGGGCUGAGACCACAUUUCAUGAUGCUACCGAUGGGAUGCAUGCAGUCGCAAUGCCAUAUACUGCACAUUGCAAAUUCCUCCAUGACAUUGACUCUCGAGGACCAGGGAUAUCCGAUGAAGGUGACAUGUUUAUAUUGACAAAUGGAGAUUGUCUUGAAAUGGGCGUCAUGCUAAAUCCGGCUACUGGUAAAGACGAGCUCUAUAAGGAAUACUGGUGUAGCGCCAGUGCAGUCCCUAGAUCGGACGAUGUCGAUGACUCUACAACUUGUGUUGUGGCAAAGGUCACUGAAUCGGCAUCGGUCAAGGGCAUCAUGAUCAGGUUGGGAGGUAACGUGCAGGGAAUCAUGUCAAUUCGCAAAGAAGAUGGUAGUGAGUCUAUUGAAGUGGAAAGGUGGGUUCGUGGUAAGCCGCAGCAUACAGUUGAUGAAGAUUUCCUUCGAGAAUGGUCGAAGGACAUUCGAAGCAACGGUUCACUACCUUGUAGCUGGUUGUGCAUGUCAGUCAAGCAAGUUGGACAAAAGCUGGAAUACAAUGACACAAUCUGGGAGGUCACAGAAUUUCAGAUGUAG